AUGGAAGGUAUUAUUGUUAAAGCGGUAAAUGGUGACAAAAUUUGGGCCUUGUUUGUGGAAAAUCAAGAAAUUUAUCUGGCAGACAUCAAAAAACAAAUGAUGGAAGAAAUAGAUGAAUUCUUACCUCAGAAAUUUUAUUUUAUGAGUGUCUGGGAUGUUCCAAUCAGCAGUGUUCAAGAGAAAAAAAUUACACUUCACCAUGCUCUACAUCCAGACGGUUGUCUUAUCAUUAAACCCGUUCAAGUCGAAGAUACACGAAAAAGGACAUUAAAUGAGGACGAAGGUGAAUCUGCAACGAGCUCGGAUUUUUGCGAAAGCAAUGCAAAGUAUGUCAGUGUAGAUACAAGUCAUACGACGCCAGCUAAGAAAUUUGCGAAAGUACAGUCUACCUUGACAAGUUACUUUGGGGCGUCAAGUAAACCGGAGAUAAGACACCCUACGGCAUUAGUGCGACAGGGUGUAUACAUUUAUAAAGAGCAUGAGAUAGAAAAAGCCAAAGGGACUGAAAAGAAAAGGAGAAUUUUUUGGAACGAGAAAUCCGAUGAGAUAUGUAAAAAUGAAAAAUAUAACAGUUUAAAAGCAGAUGAUAUCGACAAACUGCUUCACGAGAAGUGGAGGCUCCAUAAGGCUAGUCUCUUAGAAGAAGAGAACCAAGUUGUCACUAAUAGAAUUGAAAAAAUACUGUUGGAUAAUCCAGAAAUAGGUUCCAAAAUACCCAGUUCAAGAGCUGUUAAAAGUCACACAAUAAUAAAAAAUCUUGAGCGCCUAGAUUCUGCAAAGAAAGCAGUGGAGAAGAGUCGACUAAGCUUAGAUGAACUGUAUACAAAUAAAUGUCAGCAACAGGAGAAAAUUAGGAAAAAACAAGAAAGGCAUCAUGACAACUAUAGAGAACUUCAAAAAGCUGAAGAUGCAUUAAGGCAAUGCUUAGUUAAAGAAACGCUUUUUGUCAGAUAUUAUCGAGAAACUUCAUUUUGA